AUGGCGACGGAGGUGCCGGCGCACGUGUCGUCUGCGGCCGACAUGCGGACGAACCUGCAGGCGCUGCUGGACUUGAAGGAGAAACAGCUCCAGCAGGCGGGCGCACUCGGCCAGCGCGUCCUCGCACAGCAGGUCGAGCUCGAGGACCGCGUGCGAAUGUUGCAGGACAUGGAACUCGAUCGCCCGGACGCGGACGAGAUCGACGCCGAGAUGCGCGAGCGCUACCGUGAACUCGCAGAGACAGUGCGCGCGUGGGACACCGAGAACGCGACCCUCUCGAGCGGAUUCGGCGUGAAGCGCGCCACAGGUCCCUCUGCGCGAACAUCACCCGCCCUCCCCGCCGUCGAACUCUCCCGCGAAGAAACCGAGCGGCCACGGCCAGCCGCCAGCUCAUCCAACGCCCAAUCCCGUCGAGCCAAGAAUGCAGCGCAUCGGCAAGACGACGUCGAGUUUGCCUUCGAAAUUGGCAGCGGACUGCUCACCGAAGUACGGAGGUUGCAGAGUCUGCUGGGCGAACGCGACAAGGCGAUACAGGACAUGAAGGAGGAGAAGGACGAUCUCGAACGAAGCAUUGAGGCUUUGCAGAAAGCCCUCAAGCAGCAGGAGCAGAGUACUGACAAGUACAAGGAGGAGAAUUGGAACCUGGAAGUUAUGCUUCAAGAAAUGCGCACGCAACUCACGGACACCCAAGCGAACGUCCAGCGUCUCGAAGGCGAACACAAGCGUUUAACGCGCGCGUUGAACCAAACGCGUGAAGCCGUGGACAAGCACAAGAACGAGGCCCAGACGUUACAGACGGCACUCGAGGAGCUCAAAGCCAAGCACGACACGGAUGUUGCUCAGGCCCGCAAGCAUGCUGCAAGCCUGCAGCGUGAUAAAAGCGACCUCCAGCAGAGUCUUGACAGUCUCAAGGCCGAUGUGCAACGCAACGGUCGGCGCCUUGGUCCGAGGUUCGGCUCGCCUUUGACGCCCGACGGGCGCCCCGCCACAGGAAACACGAGCUUGUUGACGCCCAAUGUUGAUCGGGAAGAAGACGACGUGUUCGGCACGCACGGCGCCAGCACAAAUAGGCGCCGUGGCGAGGGAGCAUACUUCGAUGGUCUUGGCGAAUAUGACAGUGAACCGGACGCCUCACCCACACGGCCGACCGUUGCGCCGAACCACCCCUCGAACGAAGUCGAGGCGCUCCAACAACGUCUUGCGCAUGCUCAAAGGCAGAUCAAUACGCUCAAGGGCACACUUCAGCGUGAGAAGGAGGCCAAAAUUGAGUACAGGAAGCGCCUCGAGUCGCCCGGCGGUCCCGCUGCAUUCGGCGCAGAGGCCGAUGAAGAGGAGGACGAGGAUCUGGUUGGUGAGAAUGCCGAUCCCAACGCUAGUGCACGGUCUAUUGCUGGUCGUAAGAGCACGCCGUUCCGCGUUGGCCGUGGUCGUGGUCGCGGACGCGGCGGCUCGCUCAUGGACCGCUUGCAACGCGCCGCCAAGCGACCGGCUGAAGACGACGACGACGACAAUAACCCGACGCUCACGCCGCCGCCACCAGUUCCCUCUCUCCCACGUCGCACUUCGUUUGCCGGUGCAGAAGCAGACGACGAUGCGGACGACUUUAUGGCGCCCGAUAUGUCACUCGCCCCCUCUGAGCCACCGAGCAGACCAGCAAGUAUCGACGGCAUGGACCCGGCCUUUGCCAAUGUUCUCAAGCGCGCAGGCAGUCAGUCAAGCAUACGUGGUUUCCAACGCAGCCCUCUGCGUCAAAGCACUCUCGGCCGACGCAACCGUGGCGGCGCAGCCUUCCAGCAAGCGCGCCCCGCGAGCCUUGUUGGCGCACCUGAGGCACUGGCCGCCGAGCUCUUCGGCGAUAUGCAAGUCGGCAUGGACAGCGUCGCCGAGGACCACGACGAAGUGAUGCCCGUCGAGACGGCUGAAUUUGGGUGUCAAACUGAGCCCAUCCCUGAACCCGAGCCCGUGUACAUCACGCUCCCUGCACCCGAGCCUGAGCGGAUCGUCGUCACUGUUCCCGCAGAACGGCCCGAAAGCUCAGAGGCAAGUGUGCAGGUUACUCCUGAGCCUAUUCCGGAGCCCGUCAAGCCGGUAUACAUGAGCUUCGAGGUCCAGACCGACGCCGAACCAGAGGUCGUAUUGCCUGUAUAUGCCAGCGCGGAUAUUCAGACUGAGCCGGAGCCGGAGCCGGAGCCCAUCGUGGAGGAGUCGCCGAAGGUCGUGUACGCCAGCAUGGAGAUGCAAACCGACCCCGAGCCGACACCCGAGCCUGCGCCUGUUCCAGUGCCGCUGCCGGUUGUCGAGGCCGCUCCUAAACCUGAGGUCGCAGACGCGGAGAUGCAGACCGAUGCAGAGCCCGCACCGGCACCCGUACCGGUACCAGAACCGGAGCCACCUGUUGAGGUCGUACAUGCAGGUGUUCAGCACGAGGACGUUGCGCCGCCCAAGACGUACGCAAGCAGCUCGAUGGAGACAGAUCCGAUGCCCGAGCCAGAGGCAACGCCUAUCGCCAUCCCCGUGCCCCUCCCCGAGACUUCCGUCGCAGAGGUGCAGACCGACGCUCAGCCUACUGUCCCUGCUGCUUCCGUCGUCGCUGCUGCUCUCGGCCUUGGUCGUCCCUCGGGUGCACGUGUUGACGAGAGCAGGCGCCAGACCAUCACCCAGAGCUCGUUCACCUCCUCGCGCGACCUCAGCGCGGACGCUACCAUCACCGCUGCCAUCUACGAGGCUGCUGAGGAGAGCGAAGACGAUGCUGCUACCGAGACUGGUGCGGAGACCGAGACCGAAACGGACGGCGAGUUCGUUGAUGCCAGGAGCGUGAUGGCGAUGACGACGCCAACGAUGAGCUUGAACGAGUACGCGUCGGCACGCAGUGACGACGAGGACGAUGCAAGUGUUCGGCCGUCGUCUACGCCUGCGCGUUCGCUCGAUGCGUUCUACGCGCCUCGUGUGGUGUACGAAGAUGCGAGCGUGCAGUACGAGUUCGAGGAGGCGCCCAAGCCCGCGCCCGCGCCCGUCACUGUCGUGCUCCCGCCACCACCACCGCCUGCACCAAAGGCGGAGGUCAAGGAGAUAUCCAUCCAGACAGACGAGUGGGCACCAGCGCCUAUACUCCCGCCAGCUUCUGCCGCCAUGCCACCGCCGCCAUCCCCCGCAGGCGCGAAUAACUCAUUCCGUAUGCCCGGCUCCGGCUUGCAACAGUUCCAGUACAUCUCGCCCCCGUCAUCCGCAGGCCCGACACAGACGAGUAUGCCAACGUCUCCCAUUGCCCCUCGCGAGCCGCCUGUCUCGCGCCCACGCACAUCGACGUCCGACCGGCGCCAAUCAAUCGAGAGCGCAAUGUCAGGUUACGUCGACGAUCCUACACCGCGCGGUCGCCUUUCAUCUGCGCCGAUCCCCGCGUCAUCGUCACCCGCGCCCGUUGACAAGUCGCGCCCGCCGAUGAUGAUGCUCCCGCCGCCACCACGUGCUCCGCCACCGGCGAAUAGUAUGCCGCCGCCUUCUUUCGUGCCCGAGCGUGUGCGCCAGACCUCCGGGAGAGAUCUUCCCCCUGGACGCCCCAGUUCGCCGCCGCCGCCGGAACUCUUGCAGCGCGCCACUACACCGACGUUCGGCUCUGUACGCAGUCACUUCGGGUCGAUGCGCGCGCCGGGCAGCAGCAUGCCACCGCCCGCUGCACUCAACCAGCGUCCCAGCACGCACAGCUUCCGUUCGGCAGGCCAGCAAGGCUAUAUCCCUGCGAGCUUACAGAGCGCCUUUGCCCACCGCGAGAUGAGCCAGACCAGCCUUCAAAGCGGUGGGAGUAUCGGCUCCGCGCGUUCAUCUAUCUCGAGCGACCAUCCAUACUACCAUCAACGCGGUAUGUCGGCUGGCGCGGCAGCUGCCGCGCGCGGCGCACCGGCAGGCGGAAGCACCGAGUCGUCGCCCGCUAUGAACGGCUCUACAGAUCCGAGCGUUAUUCACGCUAUCACUCAGACGAUGAUCGGUGAAUAUCUCUUCAAGUACACGCGCAAGCCCAUCGGCAAGGGAUACGGCGACAGGAGACAUAAACGAUUCUUCUGGGUGCAUCCGUAUACCAAGACGCUGUACUGGAGCGACACAGACCCGGGCUCGUCGUCCGCAAGCGAGUCUAGCGCGAAGAGCGCGUACAUCGAGGCGGUGAGGUCGGUGCUUGAUCCCAACCCGCUCCCACCGGGCUUGUACCAGUACAGUGUUGUGGUGUCGACUCCGCAUCGCGAGAUGAAGAUCACCGCGCCUACGAAGGAACGCCACGAUAUCUGGUUGAACGCGUUGAAGUACUUGCUCGCUCGUCCGAAUACUGUCGGCGGCCCUAUGGGUGGUCCCAUGAGUGGCCCCAUGGGCGGCACCAUGCCUCGCGGAGGUCCCAGGCCAAUGAGUCCCGAUGGUCUCUCCACGGAGCUUCCCCCCACCGAGGAGGGGCGGCCAGCGGGACUUCUAUCCAGUCCGCAGAGUUUCCGUAGUCAACGGAGCACGAACGGCGAAUGGAAUAUCACUCCACGCGGUCAGCGCUCACGCUCGCAAAUCUCUAUGGGCGGAUCCAUCGGUAAACGCUCGGGCACACCUGCGGCUGAGUAUUUGCGUUACGCGAACGACGGACCGUACAGUCCGACGAAGAGCUUCGAACACGUCGGUGGGCCCGGUGCGACAGAUGAGGACGAGGAUCUGGAUUUCGAGCUCCACGACGACUCUUUGUCGGACGGUGGCUUCGAGGGUUUGGAGAACGUCCGUGCUUGCUGCGAUGGCAGGCAUACGGUCGGAGGACAUCAUCAUCAUCACCAUCACCACCAUGAGCACUCCCAUGCACCUCCGACGCGCAACGGCUCGACACAGUCCUAUUUGCAAAACGGGCCUCAACCACGCGAGCGAAGUCGUGUCCGAGGCGGACAACAACACCUCGACGCGCAGCCUGUCGACCCGCGGCCUUCGAGCCCGGCCUUCUCAUUCCGAUCCCGCGCGGGUAGUACGACGUCUGAUGGCGGAGGACUGUUCGGCGGCAAGCUUCGUUUCGGUUCAAGGCGGAUGAAGACGCCUGUACCCCAGGAAUCAUAG